AUGAAUGUGACAGGAGCACCCUCUCGCGGCCCCAAGAGUUCAGUUUAUGGGGAUGGUCGGCUCAACUGGACACAAUGGGAGUCGGAUUACCCAGUUACCCUUUUCCCCGCCCCAAUUCUGAUGGGGAUAACCGUCACUUGCUCUCUCCUCUUUCUCGCUGGUGUUACCGGGAAUUUAAUGACCAUUCUGGUGGUCACAAAUUACAAGGACAUGAAGACAACUACUAACCUGUACCUGUCCAGUAUGGCCCUUUCAGACCUCCUAAUCUUUCUUUGUAUGCCUCUGGACUUGUACAGAAUGUGGAGGUACCGGCCAUGGAAUUUUGGAGAUGAACUUUGCAAACUGUUUCAAUUCGUCAGCGAGAGUUGCACCUACUCCACUAUUCUCAACAUCACCGCUCUGAGCGUGGAGAGGUACUUUGCUAUUUGUUUUCCUCUCAGGGCCAAGGUGGCAGUUACGAAGGGUAGAGUGAGGGGCGUCAUCCUCGUCCUAUGGAUGGUGGCUUUCUUCAGUGCUGGACCGGUAUUCGUCUUAGUUGGGGUCGAGCACGAGAACGGAACGAAUCCAUGGGAGACCAACGAGUGCAAGGUGACACAAUACGCUAUCAGGUCUGGACUACUGACCAUCAUGGUGUGGGUCUCCAGCCUCUUUUUCUUCUUGCCAGUGUUCUGCCUAACUAUAUUGUACAGCCUUAUCGGGAGGAGGUUGUGGAGGCGUAAGCGAGAAACAAUGGGACCCAGCAUCUCGAGUCGAGACAAAAACAAUAAACAAACAGUAAAAAUGUUAGCUGUGGUCGUGUUCGCCUUCGUGCUCUGCUGGCUGCCCUUUCACGUGGGUCGCUAUUUAUUUUCCAAGUCCUCGGAGGUCGGUUCUCCCCUUAUGUCGCAGAUCAGCGAAUAUUGCAACCUUGUCUCCUUUGUACUUUUUUACCUCAGCGCUGCGAUUAACCCCAUCCUCUACAACAUAAUGUCAAAGAAGUACAGGGUCGCAGCCGGAAAACUUUUUGGGAUGAAACAGACCUCGCGUAGGUCAGCGUCUACCCUGAAGGGUGAAAGCUGCCCAAUUUGGACAGAGUCGAGUUUGAGCACGUGA